CAGGUUGGACUGGUCUCCGGAGCCGGCGGCGCCAGGUUUCUAUGAAUCACGGCGACGCCAUUUUCUAUUAUUAUAAUCACCGCACAAGGGGAGUGGGCAGGGAGGGGUGGUCUCCUGCCUUUUUACUCAAUUAUACCCGCCUCUGUCUGGUGGCGCACUUCUCAACCUUUCAAACACGCAUCAACGACGCUUUUGUGUUUUAAGUCAGUUAGGUAGGUGAAGACGAAUAGUUAAAUUUGUUUUAAAAAUAAAGCCUGAAGAUUUCAAAAGAACUAAGUCAGAACCAUGACAGAUCCCGAAUGGCAGUCUCCUUCUGUCUCGUCCUCGGCUCGUUUAGACGACGUUAUAGACGAUCGUACCGCCGAAGGUAUGGAGGAAAUGCUGCAUGAUUUGGAUCCUCUCAAGCCUGGGGCUGGCGACGCACCCAGAUUUGUACCUUCGGUCCCUGUACCUCCGGCUCCCAGCGGCUUCGAGCUGGCAGAGAGCACUAACAUUGGCGAUGAGGAUACCCAGGUCCCUCUACUUCUGCCCGCCAGAAGCCGACCAGAAGCGGACUCCACCUCAGAGACGGCGCCUGCUACAUCCACAGUGUCCGCCAAGACCUGUCCAGAGUCUGCCGACGAAUCCUUUCUUUCUCCUUCCGUUGCACCUGAAUGUGUGAUGCAGUCCUCUGCAGACUUUUCUGUCAACUUGAAAGAUCAGCCAGCUAGUGCCGAACCUGUGGGCCCACAGGAUGCUGCACCUGUGCAUGUUGAACCUGUUCCUGUCGAACCUGUUCCUGUCUUCUCUUUGCCCUCCUUUUCUUCUGAUUCUGUAACUGAAUUAAGAGUGUCCACAAAAACAGUCCACAAUGAUGAUCUUACAGAGAGUGAAGUUCCUUUAAACACCGAAUUACAAACAACCUUGGGUUUUUUCGACAAUGCAGUGGACAAACAAGUAGCAGAGCAUUUAAAAAAAGUUCAUUCUGUUGAUGGAAAGGCACAAGUGAAGCCAGCAUUUAUAGAAUCAUCAGAGGUAGACAAACUAAAUUCUGCUGAUGAAAGUCCAUUUCAAGACACACUUGGUCAGUGUGUAGAGCCAAAUGGAAAUGAAUUUAAAGGGACUACACUCCAUGUUGAAGAAAUGAAGCCAGAACAAGUCAUUGCAGAUAAGGGAGAACUGAAGAUUAGUGAGGACAUGAGAAUACAUAAUGUUCAGUUAUCAGAUGACAAGAAAGUUGAAAUGGAAACAAAUAAUUUUGGAUUAAUUAAUGAGUAUGUUGGUGUGUCAGGGGCUGAUAUGCUUCCCCUAGGCAGAGUUGUUGAGGAAAAGGAGUUUAUGCAGAAUACACUGGAUUCUAAUGACCAAACUAUAAAACCAGUGGACAGUGGUCUUAACUUUUGCUAUGGGGACAUUUUGGAAGUAAAGGAGAAAAAUGAACUAAAGAUGACUGGUCCAACAAUUAAUCAGGUGGCUCUUAUUGAUUCUAAUAUCAAAGAUGCCAUCAAUGUAAUUGAUAAGUCUGAGAAAGAUGUGUUUGAAGAUCAGGAACCUUCAAAGAUACCAUGUGAAACCAGAGAAACAAUUAUGGCUAGAACUACUGGAAUGCUGGGUUAUACAGACUUGGAGGACCAUGUAGAACAGCCCUUUGAACAAGAUGACAAGCUGACUCCAACUGGUGAAGCAUACUUUGCUGUUUCGCAAGUUCCAGUUAUAAAUGAAUCUCAAACAUGUAUGACCUAUGCUACGUUUGAUUCUUACAACGUGUUGGAGUCUGAUUACUUCAGCACUAAUGAAAUGGUUCCUAAAAAUGAAGUUAUAAAAGGAAAGAUUGUGUUCAAGGAAACUUCAUUACCAUUCCAGUUAACUGAUGUUGAGUCAAAAGUAAAUGAUAAGGUCGGGGAUCCAACAUCUGCGGCACCAGUAUUUGCUAAACACAAAUCAACUUCUAAUACAGAUGUGACAGCUACUUCUGAAAUGAAUUCAGAACUGCUUAGUAACUUGGCAAUCCAUCCAAAGCAGACUGUGCAAUCCGACUAUUUGAAUGAAAUCAUUAAUUCCAAUCAGACUGAGCCAAGUUUUGCACCCUACCAUUUACAAAGAACUUCUGAAAUCAUGUCCCCAGGAUUAACGCAAUUAGAAAUCAGUGAAAACUUGAUCGAAACAGAAGUGAGGAAAUCUCAAGAAUCUCUUGAUCAAUUCAAACCACAACUUUACUCUUCAGAAGUGUGUGUUUUAGACAGAUCUGAUGACAUACAAGAUUUAACAGACACUAUUGUUAAGGCACCAACUUCCAUAGACACAGAGUCUAAUCCUGAUUAUACUCAAAAUGCUGCUAAAGAGCAAAUUGUGCAUGUCUUUCAGGAACCACUUAGUGCUGACAGUGAUAUUCCAGAGUUAUCGAAAACACAGCCUUUCUUUGAAGAACAAAAGGCUAUUACAGAAGGGGGAGUUAUUGAAGAUACUGUAAUUAUUUCUGAGAAGAUUCAGGUUUCCGAAAAGGGAAAUAUACUAGAGCACACAUUAGAUUCUGUUGUAGAAGUAGGAGGUAAUAACAAAGAUUUACGUGUAUGCUUGGAGCUCAGCGAGCCUGACGUGUCUGAAAAAAUAAACACGUUUGAUCAGUCCAGGAAAGAAGAAUUAUUACCUAGUAAGAUUGUAGAAGAUACCAGUUGUUCUACAUUGCUUUAUCAAAUAUCAGAUAUAUCAGCUGAUAUUUCAGUGACAAUGAAGAAUCCAGAUGUGAUUACAUGCAAAGAAGUUGCCAUCAGUAAAUCUGAACCUAUUUUGGGAACGCAGGGAGCUGCUACAAUUGGAAUGAAACCUGUUGAAGGAAUUUUAGCUGAUUACAAACAUGUUGAGCAGUGUUCACUUCCUCCACUUUCACUCCAAGAUGAAACUGAAAUCCCAUCACUGAUUAAAAAUGUAACUGAAGAUGUUCCAUCUGACCUAUUAAAGGUUACAGAGAAAGGUGUACCAGAAAGUAAUUUAAGCUAUCGGGACACUUCUGAGGAAAUACUCCCAUGUCCAACAAUAAGUGAAAGGUAUGACUUAAACAAAUCUGGUCCUAUUUUGAUUGCUGAUAGAGAAUUUGGUUCACAAGUCUUGGCUGAAGGGACUAGUUUGACUACUUUCCAUCCAGUGACUGGUGAUAUUGCCCCAUCUUUGCAAAAUACAUUUCCAAACAAUGUUUUAGAAAAAAUUGAUGAAAUGAAAACCAGAUUUGAUGACCAUUCUGAAAAUUUGGAGAUGAUGCAAAUACAGAUGAAGACCCAAAGUGAUGCUUCGUUCCCCAUAAAUGAAGAAGUAACUAAGGCUUCAAAAGAAGUGGUUACAAAAAUUUUAGAAACCAGUGUUGCUUUAGCAGAAGUUUUGGGAGGGAAGGAAGCAGCAGUAGCACAAUCCAUAUCUCAGCAAGAAUUAGAUAUAAUGUUUCCUUCCCCUGUUGAAGAUGAUGUAAGCAAAAAAAUUGUUCCUGUAGAAGCCCUGGCGCCAGAACUGCUCCCUGUGGCUGAGAGUACUAAAACAUCCACAGAUGCUGCUUUUGUUGGUAUUGAAGAUUUUUCUGUAAAACCGGACAAAAAAUCAGUGAUGGACUUAAUCUACUGGCGUGAUAUUAAGAAGACUGGAUUGGUAUUUGGUGCGAGCCUGUUCUUGCUGCUGUCUAUGACCAUUUUCAGCAUUGUCAGUGUGAUUGCGUACCUUGCCCUGGCAUUGCUUUCAGUUACCAUUAGUUUCAGGAUAUACAGAGGUAUUCUGCAAGCAGUGCAGAAGUCUGAUGAAGGGCAUCCGUUCAAGGCCUGUUUGGAGACAGAUGUUGCUGUAUCUGAUGAACUAGUGCAGAAGUAUAGUGAUGUUGGGCUAAGCCAUAUCAACCGUGUGAUUACUGAAUUAAGACGACUAUUCCUUGUUGAAGAUCUGAUAGAUUCUCUGAAGUUUUCAGCGCUGAUGUGGCUGCUCACUUAUGUUGGUGCCUUGUUUAAUGGACUGUCCCUGCUGAUAAUAGGUCUGGUAGCAGUUUUCAGCAUUCCUGUGGUUUAUGAAAGACACCAGGCUCAAAUUGAUCAUUACAUAGGGAUAGCAAGUAAGCAGAUUAGAGAUAUUACUGCUAAGAUUCAAACGAAAAUUCCUGGACUAAAGAAGAAGACUGAGUAAUGGAGCUUGUCCUGUGCUUCAUAGCAUGUUUUCUGCUGGGCUGUGACUUGGAUUAUCACAGGGAGGAUUGGAAAGAACAAAAUAGCCUUGGAACUGCAGUGUAAUUUGCAAGUCUUUUCCAUUUUGGUAGUAACAAAGUGUUUAACUGUAGUCUAUUUCGUAUUACAUUAUAUCAUAUGCUAACAUGUAGGAAGUUUGAAUUCAGUUUAUUUAUGUCAUUUGGUACAGAGAACACUGGUUUGUAUUAAAGAUUUGAGAAACUGUACAUUGCACGUGUCGGGGUAGUGUCUUAUUAUGUGAAAACAAAUCAUGGUGCAGUUGGAGCUUUUGGUAUUCCCUGCCCCCUCCCCAGUUUGCACACUGUUUGUAGGAUCUACGCUGUGAGGUUGGUGCAAAUUUCUAACUCCAUGUGAUCAAAAUAUUUACUGUUCCAUUGUAGUGAAAUUUGAGGUCUUGCUUUUCUGACUAAAACCUGUCGCUGUAUUAAGAUUUUACUGUUUUAACAAUUACCCAGUUAGUGUUUCACUAAGCUAGCGAGUUGACUUGAGCAGCUCCACAGUGCUUGUUAUUUCAGAGGGAACUGAAUUUUAAAGAUGGAUCCACAGCACUGAACCAUACACUAAGAUAUAUAUGCCAUAAAAUCUCAGCAUAAAUGUUCAAUUCAUCAGAUUUUCAUCUGUUUAGCCAGAAAUGUAUGAGCACAUCUAUAGCAAAAUUUUAACUGUACUUUUGAUUAUUUGUGGACUGUAUCUAAUGCUAUGAAUAAAUGUAACUUGGAAAUUUCAAACAUUGUUUGCGCACAUCUGAGAGUGGACAUUACAUUGUAAAUGAAUUGGGCUCAGGCCUUUGGGGAAUGCAUUGUGAAAUAAAAAUGAGAAUGAAUAAAGCUUACAAACAACAUG